AUGAGACUUCUUACUCAUAACAUAUUGUCCUCUAACAUCAAGGGGGUCACCAAUGGCUUACCUCUCCGGAUCGAAGUGGUGAAAGUAGUCGAGAAAGAGGUUGAACUAAACCCCGAUUUUCUCAAAUCCAUGUUCUCCAAAAUUGACUGGAACGCCCUAGUCGAGGUCGCUCGCUCAAUCGGCUACACUAAGCUCCCCAACGAGGUUGAUCCUUCUAUGCUCGACUCCGACGACUUCCUUCGCCGUUUUCACCACGCCCUCCUCCAACUUCACCUCGAAGAAGGCGCCCUUAUCUGCCCCGAGACUCGUCGCUGGUUCUCUGUCACUAAGGGAAUCCCCAAUAUUAGCCAAAAGAUCCAGGCAAAUUACAAGGCCAAGCUGGCGGUUGAGGAGGAGAAGUGGGACACCAAAUAUCGAAAAAUGUACUUAGUUCACAAAGCUAAAAUUGUGCAAGAAGUUGAGGGAAUUGUACGCUCUCUUCGAGAGGACUUGGCCAAGGCCACAAAGGAGAAGGACAUAGCUGAGGCCCGCAUGCUACUUCAGUCUAAGAUUAUCUCCGCCCAAAUCCAACAAGUCAACCACUCUAAGAGGACAUCCGAAAGAAGGAUUUACUCAUUAAGGACCUUCAAGCCGAACACGACAAGGAGAAGAAACAGGCAGAGUCCUGGGUAA